GAUGCAACCUCACUAAAAUAAUCAAGACUUUUUUUAUUUUGCGUUUUUAAAUUCUCUAUUCUAUUCGUUAAUUUAAUUUUUUCUUUAAUUCGUUCAAAACUAUGCUGUAUCAAAUAUUGUCAUCGAUGACAAUUUGAAAUGUAUUUUUAUUAGUUGUUUUGUUUAACAUUUACGCAUUUGGAUUAUAUAAUGAUAGCAAAAAUGGGCACUGGUGACGAAGAAUACGAUUAUUUGUUUAAAGUUGUUCUUAUUGGAGAUUCUGGUGUUGGCAAGAGUAACUUGUUAGCUAGAUUUACUCGCAAUGAAUUCAAUCUAGAAUCAAAGUCUACCAUUGGAGUAGAAUUUGCUACAAGGAGCAUUAAGGUAAAUAAGAAAAUAAUCAAAGCCCAAAUUUGGGAUACUGCAGGACAAGAACGAUACAGAGCUAUCACAUCAGCUUAUUAUCGAGGAGCAGUAGGUGCACUGUUGGUUUAUGAUAUUGCAAAACAGUUAACUUAUCAAAAUGUAGAGCGAUGGUUAAGUGAACUUCGUGAUCACGCUGAUCAAAACAUAGUCAUUAUGUUAGUCGGUAAUAAGUCAGAUUUGCGUCACCUAAGAGCUGUGCCAGCAGAUGAAGCUACAGCAUUUGCUGAGGCCAAUAACUUGUCAUUUAUAGAAACUUCUGCUCUUGAUUCGACUAAUGUUGAAACUGCAUUUGAAAACAUAUUAACAGAAAUCUAUAACAUCGUGUCUCAAAAGCAAAUGAGAGACCCACCUGAAGGUGAUACGAUACGGCCUACAAACAUUGAGCCAAUUGAUGUCAAACCUACAGUUAACUCUGAUAACGUCAGGAAACAAUGCUGCCAAUCAUCAUAAAUCAGAAAUCCAUCGCAAAGUAUCAGCCCGUCAAAUGGAUAGUAUGGAUGGGGACGAAAUUGACAAAGUGUGUAUGAAGCCAAUCAGGAUAGAUGCAACUACAGCAAACACAAAUGAUUCGGCUGCAUUCCAAAUUAAACAAUUCUGUUGUAAUGCGUCAGCUUGAGUAUCAAAAUUUAAGCCCACUUUAGAUUUUAUAAGUGUUGUCCCCUUUUCCAUAUUUUAUUUUAAUAUUAUUAUUUUGCAGUACAGGUAUUUUAAUUUAAGAUAAAUUAAAAUUCUUUUACUUGCUUCUCAUUUUGGGGCUCUUAUCUCUUCAUUAUUUAAAUACAAAUUAUACUUAUAAUUCUAUGUAUGUUUAAUAUUUUCUAAUCGUUAAUUAUAUUAUUUUAUGUUUUUUUUUCAAACAAUUACAAUAUUUUUAAAUAUUCAAAUUAUAUUAGUUUAGAUUCCAUUAUUGUUAUAAUACUAUUGGCAUUAUUUAAAAUUCAAACAUAUUAACAAAUUUAGUAGUAUAUAAUUUGUUUAAUAGUAUACACCUAAUCUACUUUUUUUUAACCUUCCAAAAAUAUAGUCAUUCAA